AUGGUACAUGCUGAAGCCUUUUCUCGUCCCUUGAGUCGGAAUGAAGUUGUUGGUUUGAUUUUUCGUUUGACACUAUUUGGUGCAGUAACAUACUUUACAAUCAAAUGGAUGGUAGAUGCAAUUGAUCCAACCAGAAAGCAAAAAGUAGAAGCUCAGAAACAGGCAGAAAAAUUGAUGAAGCAAAUUGGUGUGAAAAAUGUGAAGCUUUCAGAAUAUGAAAUGAGUAUUGCUGCUCAUCUGGUAGAUCCUCUUAACAUGCAUGUUACAUGGAGUGAUAUAGCAGGUUUAGAUGAUGUCAUUACAGAUCUGAAAGACACAGUCAUCUUGCCUAUCAAAAAGAAGCAUUUGUUUGAAAAUUCCAGGCUUCUGCAGCCUCCAAAAGGUGUUCUUCUCUAUGGGCCUCCAGGCUGUGGCAAAACGUUGAUUGCCAAGGCUACAGCCAAAGAAGCUGGCUGUCGAUUUAUUAACCUUCAGCCUUCUACACUGACAGAUAAGUGGUAUGGAGAAUCUCAGAAAUUGGCUGCCGCUGUUUUCUCUCUUGCCAUAAAGCUACAGCCUUCCAUCAUCUUUAUAGAUGAAAUAGACUCCUUUCUACGAAACCGCUCAAGUUCUGACCAUGAAGCUACAGCCAUGAUGAAAGCUCAGUUUAUGAGUCUCUGGGAUGGAUUGGAUACUGAUCACAGCUGCCAGGUUAUAGUGAUGGGGGCUACUAAUCGUCCUCAGGAUCUUGACUCAGCUAUAAUGAGAAGAAUGCCUACGAGAUUUCAUAUCAACCAGCCUGCUCUAAAACAAAGAGAAGCAAUCCUGAAACUCAUCUUGAAAAAUGAAAAUGUGGAUAGGCAUGUGGACCUGCUAGAAGUUGCCCAGGAAACUGAUGGGUUUUCAGGAAGUGACCUAAAAGAGAUGUGUCGAGAUGCUGCCCUCCUCUGUGUCAGGGAAUAUGUUAAUUCUACAUCAGAAGAAAGCCAUGAUGAAGAUGAAAUUCGGCCUGUGCAACAACAAGAUCUGCAUCGGGCAAUAGAAAAGAUGAAGAAAUCAAAGGAUGCAGCAUUUCAGAAUGUGUUAACACAUGUUUGUUUGGAUUAAGAGUACAGAUGGUUUGUACAGUUCAAUGUGACCUAGUUUGGUGUGCUCUCUUACCGUUAUUGGAAAUAGAAUGGAAGGAGGAGCGUUCUGUAAACAGUGAGAGUUAAAUGUUUAUGACACUGGUUUUAUACUCUGAAUUCUAAGUUAUUAAGACAUAGUUGUUAUAUAAACGGUAUUACUACUUGUCAGAAAUCAUGAGGAGGAACAAUUUAAUCCAGCUUGAAUGUGGGUGCUUGUGUUUGACCUCUUUAGCCAUAUGUUGCAGCCUUAUAGCAUCUAAGCUGGUCUGAAAGUAACAAAUGAUUCAUUGAGUCAUUAGUGAGAAAUAGGGAUGUGGUUAAGUGCUGGUUUCGUGAGUGUGUGCGUGUGUGUGUGUGUGUGUGUAUUAAAUGUAUAUAUUCACACAUUUUAUAUUGACAUUCUGUAGAUACGUUUGAAUACAGCAACUUUUUUUUACCCCAACUACUGAAUCCAAAAGUACCACAUAGUAUAUAGCAAAACUGAGAUUUAAGGUUGUGUCUAAAAGGUACAGUGAUUCAGCCAUUUCCAGUUGUUGCUUGUUUCACUUUUUUUUAAGUUGAGCGUUUCUCUGCAGUUGAAUAGUUGGACAGGCACAUCUGAAUAUUUAGAUGUGGCUCAAUUAUUACAGUUGUCAGGAUAAUCAAAUAAAAAUACUUGUUCACUGAUCAGCAUUGAAUGGUUGUCAGGCAGUUGUGUGAUCAACAGUGAUUUCACCUCUUUAUGCAAACACACUGAGUAGAGACAUUUGUUAAAUUGAUAUAUGUAAAGGUGGAUUGAAAGCCUUUCAAAAGAAUGGCUUUGAAAAACCUCAGUGCCAUUCAAUACAUGUGUGUGACUUUCCUUUCUUCAUUUAAUGUAACAUAGUUCUGUUGUAACUGUGGUUUUUUAAAUGUUAUUUUAAAGUUGUAUGUUCUUUAAUUAUGGUCAAAUAUAAUUUCAUCAUCAAAAAUGAAAUGAUAGUUUAAAACAAGUAGCUAUUACUAAAUGUGCUAAAAAUACUCAUUUUAUAAUUUUAAUUUUUACAGUUUUCUUAGCAUAUUAUAAAUUACGCCCUAGUUAGUGCAAAUGUACACAUCAAAAUUCCCAUAUUGUAAUUGUAGUCAUUUGAUGCUAUGUGCAGUGCAUAUGAAACAUUUUUUUGUUCAAAAUUUCACUAACCAGAAUUCUGUUAGAAGCACUUAAACACACAGCAUGAGGAAAAUGGCGCAAUAUGAUCUUCAGGUGCCUUCUGAAUAAUCAGAAAGAUUAAAUUAUGCUUCAUAUUGUUUAAUUGUAUUUCUUUGAAAACAGUCUUUAUUCAUGAGUUAUUGGAUUAAUUUCUUUGAUAAUAAGUCUUUCACUAGAACCUGUUGGAUAGUUUAUUCAGUUGUGCUUUGAGUGGGGUAGAGGUUGCAGGAGAACACUUUGGAUAACAAAAAGCAAGUUUUGAAAAAUUGUGAAGAUCGAAAUAUUGAAUGCAAAACAUGAGAUAACCAAAAAUAAAAAAUUUCGUCUCCAUUUUUAAUAACUA